AUGAAGUUCAUGAAAAUCGGAACAAAGCCUGACACUUUCUACACUCAAGAAGCUUCAAGGUUUUUGAUUACCGACACACCCAACGAUCUCGUUAUAAGAAUCAACAACACCACUUAUCAUCUCCACAGAUCUUUUCUUGUUCCAAAAUGUGGGCUUUUGCGAAGGCUUUGCACUGAUUCAGAAGAGUCUGAUAGUGUUACCAUAGAGUUGAAUGACGUUCCUGGAGGAGCCGAUGCGUUUGAGCUGUGUGCUAAGUUCUGCUAUGGAAUCACCAUCAACCUCAGUGCUCAUAACCUUGUGAGUGCCCUUUGCGCAUCGAAGUUUCUUCGGAUGUCUGAUUCCGUUGAGAAAGGAAAUCUGUUACCGAAGCUUGAAUCUUUUUUCCAUUCCUGCGUUCUCCAAGGCUGGAAAGACUCCAUUGUCACUUUGCAAUCCACUGCCAAAUUGCCAGAAUGGUGUGAGAAUCUUGGAAUUAUAAGAAAGUGUAUAGAUUCGAUUGUGGAGAAGAUCCUCACUCCUACUUCAGAGGUUUCCUGGUCUCAUACAUACACCAGACCAGGCUACGAAAAGAAACAGCAUCACUCUGCUCCAAGAGACUGGUGGACGGAGGACAUAUCAGACCUUGACUUGGACUUAUUCCGCUGUGUCAUCACAGCAGCCAGGUCUAGCUUCACGCUGCCGCCUCAGCUCAUUGGUGAAGCUUUGCAUGUAUACACCUGCCGUUGGUUACCAUUCUUCAAAUCAAAUAGCUCUUCAGGUUUCUCUGUUAAAGAAAAUGAAGCAGCACUGGAAAGGUAUCGGCGUGUUGUUAACACAGUUGUGAAUAUGAUUCCUGCAGAUAAAGGGUCGGUUUCAGAGGGUUUCUUGCUGAGACUUGUUAGUAUAGCAAGUUAUGUGGGAGCUUCUCUCACGACAAAAACUGAAUUGAUUAGAAAGGCUGGUCUGCAACUCGAAGAGGCUACUCUUGCAGAUCUCUUGUUGCCUUCGCACUCAUCCUCUCAAGUCCAUCGCUAUGAUACCGAUUUGGUUGCUGCAGUUCUUGAGAGCUUUUUAGUGCUCUGGAGAAGACAAUCUUCGGCGCAUCUUUCUAGUAACAGUCAGUUGCUGCAUUCAAUCAGGAAGGUAGCAAAGCUUAUUGACUCCUAUCUUCAGGCAGUCGCACAAGAUGUCCACAUGCCAGUUCCCAAAUUCGUGUCCCUUGCUGAUGCAGUGCCCGACAUUGCACGGGAGAGCCACGACAGACUUUACAAAGCAAUCAACACAUACCUCAAGGGGCAUCCCGAGAUAACCAAAGAAGAGAAAAAACGACUAUGCAGAAGUCUUGACUGCCAGAAAUUGUCUCCAGACGUGCGUGCACACGCUGUMAAAAAUGAGAGGAUGCCAUUAAGAACUGUCGUGCAAGCUCUCUUCUUCGACCAAGAGAGUAGUUCCAAGGGAGCAUCAAGUCAAUCAGAGAGCCAAGACUUUGUCUCAAGAGGUAAACAGACACCCAUGGAUGAACACAGCAUGAUGCACAAGCUUCACCUAGGUCCAGCUGAAACACCUUCUAUAGGGAAAGCUAAGAACGUACUUGAAGGAGGAAGCAAAAGGGAAGAGAAAAUCAGAUCUAAUACAGACCCCAAGAAGAUAGAGCGGAAAGGAACAGGAUCAGAGCAUAAACAUCAUAUAAGUAGAGACAGGUAG